CUCAGUCAACUCUUGGUUGGCGCUGAAAGCUCUACGGGAUCUCGGCGCUAGUCUUUUGUUCAGCUGGUUGACUUGUAAACAGUGUCACCACCCGGUCCUAGAUCAAAAUACUGUAGUGCAUUAUUCUUAUCCGAUUUAUUUAUUGUUUUCGUCGCUGGAUCUGUUUUUGUUGUGUUUUCUGGCUGGACUUGAAGGGGUGUUGGAGAGUUCCUCUGAGAUUUUUCAAGGGGAUGACUGCCAAAUAGCACCUCACGCCCCCCAAGAUGUUCCACUCCUCCAACGCCACCGCCUACCACGACUCCAACGCCGGCUUCCACCACCAACACUUGCAGCAGGCUCCCGUGUACGUGCCCAGCAACAGGGCGGUGCCCCAGUACGCGCCUCCCGCGGGCGGGCACUUCCCCGCCCACCAGGCCGGCUGGCACGCGGGGGGCGGGUACGGCGACAUUGCCGCCCAGUCCGCCCACGGGCUGGGCGGCCAGUUCUACGCCCAGAACAUGAUGAUGGGCGGGUGGCGGCCUUACGACGGGGCGUCGUUCCAGAGGACGUCGCCUUAUGACGCUGGCAUGGAAUUUCAAUUUGGAGAAGGACGAGAAUGUGUGAAUUGUGGAGCGAUCUCAACGCCAUUAUGGAGGAGAGAUGGAACUGGCCAUUAUCUUUGCAAUGCCUGCGGACUUUACCACAAGAUGAACGGGAUGAAUCGACCAUUAAUAAAACCCUCUAAACGACUGACAGCGACCCGACGCCUCGGCCUGUGCUGCACGAACUGCGGCACGCGCACCACGACGCUGUGGCGACGCAACAACGACGGCGAGCCGGUGUGCAACGCGUGCGGCCUCUACUUCAAGCUGCACGCCGUCAACCGCCCGCUGGCCAUGCGCAAGGACGGCAUACAGACGCGCAAGCGCAAACCGAAGAAACCGGCUUCGGGGGGCGUGGACCGGGAUGACGCGAGCUCCGCCUCGGCCGAAGAAUCGAAAACGCCCUCGCUAGUCCACCAACCUCCCCAACAGCACCACGCGCCUCAACCCCAACCGCAGCAACAGCAACACCACCAGCAGCAACAGCAGCAGCAGCAGCUGGAGAAACCCCCUGCAGCCGACCGACCCUAUCUGGGCCAAACAUCCCUCCUGCCAUCCAGCGCCUCCACGGGCGCCAUCAAGAGCGAGCCUGCGUUCGACUACAGCUGCGUGCAGAACCAGCCGUCUUACCCGUACCAGCAGAUGUUCGGGUUCUCGGCCGGGACGGCGGGGAGCGGGGAGAUGGCGUACCAUCACCAGCAUCACGUGACGGCCGCCGCCAAGCUGAUGGCGUCAUCGUAAGACUUGCGGUACGGUCGGUGAUCUGCUAUGGGUUGCGUGCAAGAUCUGUCAGAUGACCGACCCUAAAGGACAUUGAAACUCAAGCUCACUCUUCUCAUUUGUUGGCAAAAGAUUGAAAUAGUUUCCACCUACGGUCACUAUAGAAAGUAGGCAAGAACACACGAGAUAUAGCCUCAGUAAGUAGCUCUUCACGCACAGUAAGCACAUCGCACAGUUUUCGUUUAUUCCUUUAAGUGAAUGCAUAUCUGGUCGUGGGUGAAUUUACUGAUUGAAAUUUUUGAGUGAAUUCUCAACUCAAACUAGGUUCAUCAUCAAGUUUAACUAUCAAUGAGAAUGUUUAUAAUAAAUUUGAUUGAAUCAUUUCACACAGUCAAGUAGGGUGGAAUUUCAACUCAAUCGGGCGUGGACCGAAAAUUUCACUCAAUUUUAUUUUGAUGUACUAUAUGGCAGUAGGUAAAAUAUAGUACGUUGUGCGUGUUGUAAAGCAAUUACGCACUCAUGGAAUUACGAACACGCGUACCUCUUCCAUUCGUGCGUAAUAUGCUUUUUACAACACAUAUUACGUAAUAUACUAUUCACAAUUAUUUUGGCAUACGAAAACGUGUUUUUUUGGCUAUUCAUUGAUUCAAGCAUGCAGCACAUUGUGCUGUUGUAUAAUACACACAAAAUGCAGCGAGAGACGAAGGAAUGCGAUUUUUUCAGGUAGGUGCAUUGUGAUUUGAAAGUACUAUAGUCACUCACAUAUAUUUAGUUCUCAUUUUGUCAAUUAUCAUUGGAAUUUCUUCUGCAAUAGGAGCUAAUGAAAACACUCGUAAAGUUUCCCAAAGAAUGCAAGAAUAUUGGAUUCAUGUAAUCAAACGAUAGCACUGGUCUGCAAUGCUGACGAAAUAUGACCGUGUGUGUUGUAGACAUUUUCACUCUAUUAGCAGUAUCAGCUCCUAUUGCAGAAGUGGCAAAAAGAAUUAUAAUGAGAAAUGAAGAAAUUUCAUGAUGAAAACUAUAUGAGAUCAUUAUUCACCUGAACAAUCAUACUCCUUCGUCUCUCGCUGCAUUUUUUGUGCAUUGUACAGGCUGUCCCGUUUUAGAAGUCCUCACAGAAUAUCUCACUCAUUUUCAUAGGACAGAGAUAUGUGGUUUUCGCCUUUUACACAUUUUUUCAUGUAGAAUCCAGUGGCGUAGUCAGACUU